AUGUCUGAUAAUGAAGUCGGUUCCCCAUUGGAAGAAACUACUCGCGACGACGUUGAAGAUCAGAGGGAAACGGAACGUGAAAACGAAAACCCCGCGUUUCCUUUUUCAAAUGAAUGUGAAAUUCGAACCGUUUUCUCUGAUCCAUUAAAUUUUAACGUGAAGCACCCAUUAUUUAAUAGCUGGACAUUAUGGUUUGACAACCCAGGAAAAAAAGCUAAUACUGCAAGUUGGUCUCAGAAUUUGAAGGAGCUGAUCACCUUUGAUUCAGUAGAAGAGUUUUGGGGUGUCUAUAAUAAUGUUGUCAAGACUAAUGAACUUACUUCCGGUUCGAACUAUCACCUUUUUAAACGUGAAAUAAAGCCUAUGUGGGAAGACCCGGUGAAUGAAAAUGGUGGAAAAUGGGUCAUUCAAUUUCCUCGGCAUAAGACCGGUGAGGAAAUUAACACUCUUUGGCUCUACACGAUGCUCGCAUGCAUUGGUGAAUCAUUUGAUUAUCCGGAUGAAGUUUGCGGUGCUGUGGUUUCUGUCCGUAAAAUUUUUUUCAGGAUUUCCCUUUGGACACGCACCUCAACUAACAAAGAUAUUUGUGAAACUCUUGGACGCCAAUUGAAGGCAACUUUAGGUUUAAAUCAAAAUCAACAACUUGAAUUUCAACCACAUAAUUCCGAUUCUAGUAAACCUGGUUCACAUAAAGAACGUUUCGUUGUAUAA